ACAGAGAGUAGCGUCAGCAAUUGGCCUUGACGUAAGUCACUUCCCGAUUGAAAUUGAAAACAGUCAUGGAGCGAUGGGCAGGCAGAGUGGCCGUCGUGACAGGGGCAAGCUCAGGCAUCGGAGCUGCGGUGGCCAAGGCCUUGGUGCUCAGCGGCAUGCAGGUGGUCGGGUUUGCCCGAAGAGAUGACAGAGUGAAGGCGUUGGCAGAAGAGCUGGAAGCAUUAAAAGCGUCAGGCAAACUGCACGCUUGCAAAGUGGAUCUGAGCAACCACGACGAACUGCAGAAAGCUUUAAUUUGGACGCGAGAAACAGUCGGCGGUGUGGACGUACUCGUGAACAACGCAGCAAUAUUGCUCUCUACGUCGCUCGCCGGUGAGGGCGAGGAUGAUCCUUUUCCGAAGUGGCGUACCAUGGUUGACCUGAAUUUGAUCGCCGUGCAGGUGCUCACGAAGGAGACUGUCAAAGACAUGCGACGGAGAAACGUCGACGACGGACACAUCGUCCACAUUGGGAGUAUCGUCGGGACAAGAAUAGUUGACAUGCCUGGAAGUUACGCUUAUGCUGGGACCAAACACGCAAUCAGUGUAAUGACUGAGGGCUUGAGAAGGGAGCUCAGAGAUUUGGGAAGUAAGAUCAGAAUUACGAACGUGAGUCCAGGAUUUGUUAAAACCGAUUGGUGGAUGGCAAACGGACUAUCAAAGGAAGAAAGCGAGAAGAUGUACGCGGAAAAUCCGAGCUUGGAGCCAGAGGACGUGGCCAAUGCGGUGCAAUAUGCACUUGGCUGCCCACCUCAUGUGCAGAUCCACCAACUCACAAUCCAACCAGUAGGCGAACACUUCUGAAACUAUACUGCUGUAGAAAAAGAAAUUUAAUAAAGCCGCAGAGUUUGCAAAAUAAA